GGUCAGACAUUCAGUGUUUGGCUUCGGCUCAAGACAGCAGUUAAUCAAAUUCAUCCGAGCUACAAUGGCAGCAAAGAUUGUUAUCGCUUUGGCUCUAUUCGCCGUGGCCCAGGGCGCCGUUCUCAGAACAGCUGCUCCAGUGGCAGUGGCUCCUGCUCCGGUACCAGUUCUGGCCAAGACCGUUGAGCUGGAGGAGGUCGAUCCGCAUCCCCAGUACACCUACAGCUAUGACGUGCAGGACGCUCUUUCCGGCGACAACAAGGGGCACGUGGAGGAGCGCGAUGGUGACGUCGUCCGCGGAGAGUACUCCCUGAUCGACGCCGAUGGCUUCAAGCGCACCGUGACCUACACCGCCGAUUCCAUUAACGGAUUCAACGCCGUCGUCCGCCGUGAACCCAUCGCCGCUGUUGUGGCCGCCGAGCCGGUGGUGAAGGUCGCUGCUCCAUUGGUCAAGGCCGCUGCAGUCGCCCCCAUAGCCCCCAUCGCCCCUGCCGCCCUGGCCGCACCAGCUCCCAUUGUGCGCUCCGCUCCAGUGAUCGCUGCUGCUCCUCUGGUCAAGUCCGCUCGUCUGGCAGUCGCCGCGCCCUUCGUCCGCUCCGCCCCUCUGGCGGUGGCCGCUCCCGCUCCUGUCCUGCGCACCGCUGCAUAUGCCACGCCUCUGCGGUACACCGCCCCCGCGUACACCGUCGCCCACUUGUAAAUAGCAUGCGACCGUUGUUAUUCUGAUCCCUUGUUUUGUUUCUAUGAUAAUAAAAUGUGAUUUGUUAUGUU